GUUUAUUGUAACGAUCAUUACACAAGUAAAAAUGUGCCUUUGACGCUGAAAACACCCAAAUAAAAAUAAAAAAAUACUUAUUAUUUUUUAACUUUUUUUUUUUUUUUUUUACUUUUUCUAUUAUUUAUUAUUGUGUUGAGUUUAAAUUUAUUAUAAAAAAAUGUCUGAAAUAACAACAAGCAAUGAAAAAGAAACAAUUAAAAUUGGUGAUAAUGGUGGAUUUUUUGAUAGUAUUGUUAGGCCAAUGUUUCAAUCUGGCCAUGAAGGUGAAUUACAUACUUGGUUAAAAGACAUGAGUUUAAUUAGAUCAUCAUUAUCAUGUUCAAAUCCAGAUUGUAAUGAACGUAAUUUGACAUGGCAUUCAGCACGUGUUGUUGAUAGAUUCUCAUGGAAAUGUUUAAUAUGUCGAAAAAAUUAUGCAAUUAGAGAUUCUUCAUUUUUUCAUAGUGUUAAAUGUGAUUUUAAAACAGCAUUAGAAUUAAUACUAGGAUGGUGUCAAAAUAUACCACCUAAAACUAUUGCAUCAAUUACAAAUACAAAAGAUUUUAAUGCUAGAAAAGUAUAUGAAAGAUGUACAAAAAUAGCUGAUACAUGGGUUAUGAGUCAUAUUAAUGAAUAUUUAUUUGGUGGUCCUGGUAAAGUACUUGUUAUUUAUGAAUAUCCUGGUGGUAAUAUGUUACAAGAUGGUAUUGAAAUUGUUAAAACUAAAAAACGUAAUAAUUCACCAACAAUAUUAUGUAUUAUUGAAGCAAAUAAUAUACCACCAAAAAUGUGGUUUCAUAUUAUGCAAACAAUGCCAGAACAAAUAAAUCAUAAAAAUGAUGAUACAUUUAAUGAUAUUAAAAAAAAAGAUAAUACUUUUGAUGAAGCAAUUGAUGUUAUAAAACGACAUAUUUUACCUGGUAGUUUUAUUGUUGCUAAUAAAAAUUCUAAAUGUUUUAAUUUUAAUGCAAUUGUUGAAUUAAAAAAUUAUCAAACAUUUUCAAUUGAUGUUUUGGAACAAUUUGAUAAUAAUGAUACACAAAAAUUACGUGAUAAUUUAGCAACUAUUUGGCAAUCAGCUGUUGAUAUUUGUGAAGAUGUAUUAGAAUCACAAAAAUCACAAGGACAAUCAAUAAUAUCAUCAUAUUUAUGGCGUCAAAAAUUUUACUUCCAAAAUAUGCUUCAUCAAAUUGCCGAUGAAUAUCGUUUUAAAUAAUUGUGAAGAAAAAAAAAAGGGAA